ACGGAGUCGAUUGAAAACUGCAUAGAAAGCUCGAAGUGUCGUGGGUUUAUUUCCAUAGUAGCGGGUGUUGAAAGUACGGUAAACAGAGAUCAACGAAAAAGUGGACGUGGCGAGAUAAACGUACUUGAAAAGUUGAUUUGGAAGGAGACUGAAAAAAUGGUGCUGAACGUAACGGCGGCUCGGGGUGUUUGUUUGUUUUCUUCUUAAUCAGCGAGGAAAGUUUGGACGAUCGAUCAUGCGGCACGAGUGGAAAAAUGGCACGUGUGUCGUUAAAAGAAAAUGCUCGAAACCACGAUAAGCAGUAACUCGCAUCGACGACAGCGUGACAAUCACAGAUUCUUCAUUAUCGCCUAAACUACAGCACAAACGCAGCCAACGCUCAAACAACCAAGAUUCCCCUCCACCAUGGAAUUCGAAUUCGCAGAUGUUCCUCCCAGUUAAAUACAACUCGACCAACAUCUUAGCUUCAAACGCUGUAAAAAUGUUGGCCGAAAUGACACGACUCUCUUAUCACCACCGAGCAAUCUCCUGCUAUGCAGUCCUCAGCAUUUGGAUCUUUCUCCUUGUGGCCGGCAUGUACAAGUACAUCGGGGACGAGGAGACGAACUCGAUGCCGGGCAAACCACUGGGCAGUGUAUUACCGAUACGAGAAUUUCCACGACAAAUGAAGCGUGACGUUCGGAAUCAAAGGGUAUUCAAAUUCUGCCACUCGCCGGAGGACAUUCCCGUCGGCUCCGAAGGUAAGAUCGAGGGCAACGUGACUCUCGAGGGUGUUAUCGUAGUGACUCGUCACGGCGACCGAGGGCCCAUGACCCACGUGCGAAACAUAAGUGCGGUCAAUUGCGCCGGAGACUUGAGCGCGUAUCCCGAAUUAGAGAAUCUGCAUCAAACUUAUCAGAGUUUCGUGCAAAACGUGACGCUGCACUCGAGAGCAGCUUGGUCACAAUUUUUGGGGCCAUUUCACAACUUCCCCAUCCUACCGGAAGCCACGAAGGACUGCAAGCUUGGCCAACUGACGUCGCUCGGCGUUGGGCAAAUGUUGAAAGUUGGCUCGUUGCUCCGGAACGCCUAUCACGAGAAAUUGCACCUCGGUAACGGCACGAUUUCCGCAACCGAUGUGACCGCUUGCAGCACCGCCACGCGCAGAACCCUCCAAAGCGGAGUCUCUUUUUUGUACGCCUUUUUGGAAAAUGAAAACCUUCAAAAUCUCCCGAGAUUCACCGUCCGCGAGAGCCAGAGCUACGUUUUCUGCAACACCGACUGCGCCUGCCCGGCAGCUGAUAAUUAUGGGCAGGAACACGCUCGGGAACUGAAUGAUCUCUUGGAAUCUCAUCCAGCAGUGAUGGAUCUGAUGAAACAAGUAUCGCAGAUAGUAUUCGAGAUGCCGGAUCAGUCGAAGUCGUUGAAUCUGAAUUAUCUGAAAGAUGCUUUACUGACGUACAUUUGCCACGAUGGAAAAUUGCCCUGUAUCGAUACAGAGACUGGACGAACGUGUGUAAAAGCGGAGGACGUUACCGCGUUAUUCACUUAUAUCGAAUGGGAACAACGACAGAUUAUGAAUAGUCAUAAUUUGCGUAAAUUUGCAAUUUUGCGCUCUUACGGUAUGUUAAAAACGAUAGUGUCUCACAUGCUGCAAAUGGUUUCGGAAUCGAAGCCAAAAGUAUCAAUUUUUUCGGCGCACGAUGCAACCCUCGAGUACCUCGGUUUCGGACUUGGUAUUGUGUCCGAGCGUAUAAUGUGGCCACCGUAUGCUUCCCGUUUGGUAAUCGAGGUGUACAAGACGAAUCCGAAAAACAAAGAUCGUCUGGCCCGUGAUUUUUACUAUCGCGUUUUACUCAAUGGAUAUGAUCUCACGAAAACAAUAUCGUUCUGUCGUAAUGCCAAUUCUUACACAGCCAAUUAUCUCGACACUAACGAAAACGGUGAAACGACGAAACGCGAAACAAUACUGUGUCCGAUCGAAGCGAUCAUUCGACAAUUGCACGACGAUUAUUUCUUACCGUUCAAUGCCACCAAUUUCAAAGACGCUUGUGCCAUCCAUUGACAUGUUUUUUCUAUUAUUUCGUACGUCUUUUUCAUUUUUAUAGCUUAUCAUUCCCAGCACUGCCCUGAACGACAAUAGACUUUCUAACUUAAAAUAUUCACCGUUUUCAGGGUGACACGACUUUUAAUUGUUAAUCUAAUGGCCACAAUUCUUCGAUGAGUGUAAAAAAAAGUCAUCUGGUUGAGGAAGUUGAGCACGUUCAAUCUAAUAAUUGUUCUAUAAUUAUUUUUCCCUGCUUAACACUUAAACUCACAACGUUAUGAAAUUAAUGUCCCACGAAGCCAAUCCUAGGACGAACAUAGGGCUGAAAAUCUCAAAACUAACAAAGUCCCUGUUCAAAGUAGAUUAUGGAAUACGAAAAAUUUCCUCGCCCAGAAAACUUUUUCCAAAGUAGUCAUAAAACAGCAUUUUUCCAGCAGAAAAUUUAACUCACAAUGGCAAUCUUUAAAAAACUUUCUAAUUUUUUUUAAGUAGACAACUGUAUGGCUGUGUGCGAAAUGUUAUAAAGACGUAAUUGUUAAAUCUCUACGUAGGUCCAAAAAGGUGCGAAAAACUGUAUCCCUUCCAUGUCAAACUUGGCAAUUUUUCUCAGGUUGUUUUACACAAGAACACACGCACAUGGUCUCACAGGAUUAUUGAAAAGUCAUCCUUAGUGUAGGGAAUUCGUAAAUACUUCGAAACUUUUACAAUUGUUGGCAAGUACCAUGUAAAAAAAAAAAAACCAUCGAAUCUGCACAGCGUUUGGUUGCUGGCAAAAUUUCUUGCAAUGUUUAUAGAAGAGGCUUCAGCCGGAUGAUCUUUAAUGUAAACUCAACCCUGAGACUCCGCAUGAGCAAAAGUUUGUUCGGAGAAUAUUUGCCUGUUCACUUUACAUUUUUUCCCUAAAAUUGUUGACUUCUAAUCUCGAAUUGAUUUUCACCCAGCAAACAAUAGAAUCAUCAAUGAUGAAAUUUGACAAAAAUGGGACUGAUUCAAGAUAUUCAGUCAUGAACCUCAAAACUGAAUUUGCUUCGCACAGCUUUUGCUCACUUGUAUUGCGUAUCCUGACAAAACUGCUUCAAAUGGAGCAAAAAUGUAUCCUCCACAGUAGAGGAUUUCAUGCUUUCGACUCCAGUUCAUUCGUAAACUCAAAUUUACAAACUACAAGUUUACAUUAUGGAGCAUCGGCUUAUGGAGACUUUCUUAGAUUACACACAAACACAUUAACAAAGAGCCUUACAAAACUUGUAAACUCCCUAAAAGUAGCGUAAAAAAUGUUGAGAGUAUGCCUAGAUACUCGCUGAUAUAUUUUAUCAUACAAUUCUUUGUAUAUAUGUAAAUAUAUAACGAGAAGUACUUGGUAGCAAGAGAGGAAGAGAAACAGUGAGAAACGAAAUAUGGCCCCAGAGUAUAUUAGGAAUCGAAAGAAUUAGCUACUUCCACGAUUUCUUCCGUUUGAAGGUGGAUAUAGAAAUAUGUAUAAAUAUAAUUAUAUGAGGCAGGUUUCGGCGAUGUAGCUCGAAAAAGUCUGACAUUGAGUUGCCUUCAAAUGCAAUAGAAUUAUCGUCAAAGCUCGACAAAGACGAUUCUUGGUUGAAAAGACUCAAGAAUUGCCAUUUUUCGCUGGAUUGUCUUUAUCGCCCCAUUGAAGCCUGUUAUAUACAUUAAAUAGAUAAAUAAGUAAAAUUAAUUGAAAAUUAGAUUCUACCGAAUAAUCCGAAAAUCUUUCUUAUCCUGUCAUUCAUUAGUCCUGAAAGUAUGAGCAAAACUUUUAGUUAUUUAACAUUGAAAAAUCGAAAUAUCGAUGGAUUAUUCAACAGAAAAUCGCAAGAAUAAUUGCACAUUCUUCCAGGAUUAAGUCCGUAUCGCGCAACGAAAUGGUUCGGAGACACCAAAAAAAAGGAAUCUACAAAACUCGAUGUCAAGUUACAAAAGUGAAUGUAGAAAUUCUCAUGCUUUUUAUUCUCAUUCAAUAAGGUAACAUUCUCAAUCACAAUAUUUGAACAGAAAAACUGAAGAAACGAACGCUCUCGAUAAUAAAUACUAAACACUUAUACUGUUAAAAUUUACAAGGCACAUAUUUGUAUGAUUUAUCAAGAAAAUCCAACUUUACGCUUUCUCUUUCGUGAGAACAAAAAUAGUCGAUUACAAGGAAAAAAAUAAAAAGGAAAGUAACUAUCGAAAAUAAAUCCAACUUUGGUGAUUAUUGUGCAAGAGGAAGAACAUCUCCGUAUGACUCGAUUGGUUGUGUGACGUCACCGGUAAUGAAAAUUUGUAAAUUACAAUUAAACCGACACCCAACGUAUUUAACGUCUCUAGAGUGGUCACUCACUCAUUGGCUUUGUGCACAAUUUUUCUAAAAAUAAACUUAUGUUUCUACAAUAA